AUGGCUUGCCGAAAAACAGAAAACUUCCAAGAUUGGGUGUGUGAGCUUCUCCCUGAGGACGUGACUGACCUCCUACAAGACGGAGCGGAAAUUCUUGGGGAGGGAGCGCACGCAAUUGCUUACCUUGUCAAGUGGGGAAAUGAUGUAGCUGUUUUGAAAAAGGCAGUGUCACCAUCAGCCAAAAAAUUCUUCAAGGAUGAGGCUGCCAAGAUGUAUGCCCUCGAUGGUGCUGGGGGGAUUCCUAAGGUACUUGGGUACUGUCCAAAACCUCCAGCGAUCCUCCAGUCCUUCAGGGGUAAGCUCACACUCAACCACCUUCUCUCUGAAGAUAACCUGAUCUGCCAAUAUGACCUUAUACAACUGGGGCUCCUCCUUGGUGAGAAAAUCCUUGAGAUGAACAUGAAAGGUCUAGCACACAAUGACAUCAAGGAGGAUAACAUAAUGAUCCAAGGGCCCUCAUCCCGGCCAGAGGUCAGCCUCAUUGACCUCGGUCUGGCCUGUGAGAUCGGUAAGUCUUGUAAAGUCAGCGCUGAUUGCCUACACGAGGACUUCCCCUGGAUGGCUCCUGAAGUCUGCCGUGGGUUUAGGACCACCAAGAAUUCAGAUACAUAUUCUUUCGGGUUUGUCCUGAUGGAAUUGAUCAAGGAGGCCCCAGGGGACCAUCCAGAGGUCACAAAACUCGCCAAGAAGGCCAUGGCCAAGCGCCGCACUGACCGGCCAUCACUACCACACCUCCUCCGAGAAUUCCGAGAAAUCAUCAGUUGA